AUGGAAUUGGUAAAUUAUCACAUCGAGCGUAGGAAAACUCUUCCUCGGAGAAAUGCUUCACUGGAAUUAGUACUACGAGUGCAGUCAGCUGUUACUGAGACAACGAAUACUUCCACUAUUCAGAGUUCCAAUAAAAGAAAAAGUUUAUUAAUUGCAUAUGAAGAUAAAGUUGACAGGCGAGAAACAUGUGCUUGCAUAAAGAAUGAAAAUAUACUUAUGAAGGUAAAAGUUCUAAAAUCCUUGGGUUUGAUCAAAAGUCACUCUCUUGAUGAAAUACUUUCCUUAAUUUUAUGUAAUCCAAAAUCAAGAGAAUGCUCCUAUGGAGAAUGUUCUACUUGUGAAAAGAAGUCCUUAGAAUUCAACUUAGAUGAGACAAAUCUAGAAGACAUUGUGAAAUGGAAAGAAUGGUCGAUGCAAAAACAUGAAUAUACUGAUAAGAACAUGUACUCAACAAAAAAGUGCAUUACGCCGAAAAGGAAAUUUUCUAUUGGAGCAGUUGUACGUAAGCCAAAAAAUAGUUAUGAUAGUAGCACAGAUACAGAUAUUGAUGAACAAUAUUCCCUGCAUAAUUCUUCAGAAAAUGAGUGUUUUAUUUCUGAUAGUGAAAAGGAACAGAUUCAUGAAGACAAUGGCAUGGAAUUAAAAAAUAUCGAUUACAAUAAUAAUAUGAAGCUAAAAUGGCAAAGAACGCAAAAAAUAAUGGCUUUGGUACCACCUGAAAAAGCAGCUUCUUCAGAUAGCAGCAGUGCCUCUGAAGAAGAAAUGUUGUUUCAGAAGCCCAAUGAUGAUGAUGACGAUUUGACGUAUUGUAGUUCUGAACCGAGAUCAUAUCCAUCAUCUUUAGAUUGCAUGCACAUUUUCUCAAGUUCCGAUGAAGACGAAAAUGUUGAGCCUGAAAAUGUAGGACUAGCACGAGAAAACCCAAUUUUAUCCGAUGAAGAUACCGGUCCACUAUCUCCUGUUAUUCAAGAAAUGUUUCCUACUGGUCAACCUCAACAACAACUCCCUUUCAUGCUACAUUCAGUUUCAUCCGUUUUGUCACCAUUAGACUCGCCAGCUAAUAAAACUUGUUCAAAAAGAGCAGCUAAUACUACCAAGCGAUGGUAUAUGGCAUUAUUUGCUCAAUCACUUGAUAUUUGUGUGAACAAUGCAUGGCUUACUUAUAGAAGAGAUCGUCCAGCUGAUAAGAAAAGUCUCCCUCUUAAAGUAUUCCGUGUAGAGCUAGCAAAUGAACUGUUACAAUUUAACAGGAUUCGGCAGUCAGAUGCAAAAGAAAAUGAGCCUACUGUAAAGAUAAAGACUCCAUCAGCCCCAAGACCACCGGAUUCUGUGCGAUAUGACAGUGUUGGUCACUUACCAACAUUUGUACCGCAAGAAUUAUAUUCACUGGUAAGUAUAAUUACUGUUUUGGUACAUAUUUUUGGUUUUCUUUGUAAAAAUAAGGCGUACUAUGUAAAAAAUGUAAAGGGACGCGGGUGUCCCUAUAUGCAUCAAGGGAGGCUGGCUUCAAGCGGACCAUGUCUUCCAAUCGACGUAGAGAGUUUUCAUUGCGGCGAAAUUAUAGAAUUCUUGAUGGCUGACUACAGCGACGAUGAGGAGGGUUUAGUCCUUGAUGAAGAGGAUCAAACUUUUUUAGAGCAAGAUAUAGACACGGGUAUUUCAACUGUUGAAAUUGAACCGGGGUCAGCAUCUCCAGAAGAGAAUAUUAUUGAAAAUCAACAGCCUAGUUCUAAUGUCCCUUAUUUCUACUGGCGAAAAAAUUCAUAUUCUCCGCAUAAUUUUUGUGAAAUGGAAGAGUAUAACUUCGGCGAGGUGCACAUUUUUGAUCAAACUUCUGAUACGGAACUGACUCCUGUAAAAAUUUUCAAUGCGGCUACAGGCUUCGAAAAAUUAGUAGAGGAGAUUAUUGUUCGUGAAUCCAUACGCUACGCUCAUCAAAAUGGAAGAUCUUUUACGUUGACUGAUCAAGAAGCCAAAGCUUUCUUCGGCAUGAACUUUGUGAUGGGGUAUCAUUGUUUACCUACAUUCAGGAGCUAUUGGUCUACAGAUCCUGACAUGGGAGUUCCUUACAUUGCUAAUGUGAUGCCUAUAAACCGCUUUGAAGAAAUACGUAGGAACUUGCAUUUUAGUGACAAUUCUAAUAAACCUAAUAGAACCGAUCCGUCUUAUGAUAGAGCAUUCAAAAUACGACCUGUUAUAGAUCAUUUCAACCAUGCUUUUCAAAGAGCUAUGGCUAACACCAAAACCCAGACAAUAGACGAACACAUGAUCAAGUUCAAGGGGCAUAACAUAAUGAGGCAAUACGUAAAAAAUAAACCAAUAAAAUGGGGGUUCAAGAUGUGGUGUAGGACAUGCUCUUGCAUUGGCUAUUUAUUUCAGUUUGAUUUGUAUACUGGGAAGAAAAGAGGUGGCACUGAAACGGGAUUGGGUGAAUCGGUUGUCUUGCAAUUGUCUGAAAGCUUACAGGGCAUAGGGUGUGAAAUAUACUUUGAUAUUUUUUUCAAUUCUCCUAAUCUUCAGUAUACACUGAUGAAUAAGAAUAUAAAAGCGUGUGGAACAGUGCGCUCAAACAGGAAAAAUGUACCGAAAAAUAUGCCAACAGAUAAAAAUAUGAAUCGUGGAGAUAUUUUUGUAGCCAGCAGCAAUGGAAUAUCUUUCAUAAAAUGGAUGGAUAACAAAGCCGUGUUUCUGCUAACAAAUUUUUUAUCACCCAUACCUACGACGAUAGUCAAGAAGUGUGUUUCUGGUAGUGCUGAAAAGGUGAAUGUAAUUUGCCCUGAAGCUAUAAUAAAAUAUAAUAAACAUAUGGGAGGGGUCGAUCUGAUGGACCAGAAAAAAGUAUACUAUGAAGUGGAUCGAAAAGCAAAAAUAAAAUACUACCUAAGGUUGUUUUUUGACUUACUAGAUAUUGCGAUGAAUAAUUCAUAUGUGAUUUAUUGCAAGCUGCAUGAAGCAAAACGUAUUGAAGGAACUCCGCUUACGAGCCUAGAAUUUCACCAAGUAGUAGCUCGGUCACUUAUUGGUAGCUUUUCGUCUCGACAAAGAUCUUUGUCGUCAGUUGUUAUGACGAAAAAGCGAAUUUCUUAUACACAGAAGCGCGGUACACCUUCACACGUAAUGGUGAAAAUGAAUAAGGAAGAAGAACGUAUUAUGAGACUUUUCGAAGAAGCGUCGACGGGAAGCUUGAUACCAAAUCCAUUCAGUGUUAGUGAUGAUGGUGAGUACGGAUCUGAUGGAGACUAUAAUCCUUGUAAUGAUGAAGUGAGUAGUGACAGCAGCAACACUUCCGUAAAUAGAACUUCAAGAAGAAGUAAGUUAUGUAAUCGUCCUUCUAAUAGAUCUCAACCUGUAAAUACAGCUCCAUUGCGUAAUCGUACCUUAAGUUCGAGUUCGAGCUCAUCAUCAUCUGAUGUGGACAAAACCGAAUAUUUACAGACUCAUGAGUAUCUAAAUGUGACACUUACGACUCAUUAUGAUGAGUAUCUAGAUGUGACACUUACUGAAGAUGUUCCACGUAGUCAUGAUGAUUCUAUUACUUCAUGUGAAUCUGUGCAAUCGGAAUUAAUACUCCAGACUAAUACUACCCAACCGGUCGAAGAGCAACAGGAGCCUGAUUGUAGCUCAAAUAUAACAAUGCAAGACCCAGAACCAGGACCAAGCAAUAUAUCGGAGAGGCAUAACAGGCCCAUUACACCACCUGCUACUGUAAAUUGGGAACACACAACAUUAGAUAUCCCACAAUUCAAUUUUGAUUCUACAUCAACAGGCGUCCAGUUUCAUAUUGAUGAAAAUACUUCGAUUCUCGAUGUAUUCAGACAGUUAUUUCCAUCUCAUAUUGUUAGUCAACUUAUCGAACAUACAAAUAAAUAUGGUGAGGCUCUAUGCAUUAAAAAUAUACCAAUGACAAGACAUAGUUGUAGAUACUCGUUCAGGAAAGUUGACGAAGAUGAAUUUUUUAAAUUUCUAGGACUGUGUUUAUUACAAGAACAAAUAUCUGUUCCUAAAAAACGAAAACUGUUUACCUAUUCAGAUAUUCUGUAUUAUCAUCCAAUAUUUCCGUAUGUUAUGUCACGAAAAAGAUUCGAACAAAUACUAAGAUGUCUUUACGCUUCAGACUUAAAUGCUAAAGGAAGUGCUAAGAUCAGUAGUUUUAUAGAUAACAUGUGUCAAAUAUUUCAAAAUUGUUAUAAACCUGAAAAAGAGCUUUCAUUAGAUGAAUCUUUACUGUUGUUUAGGGAAAGAUUAAAGUUCAGACAGUACAUGAAAGACAAAAAAGCUCGAUAUGGAAUAAAAUUUUACGAGUUGACGACUGCAGAAGGAUUUGUGCUCAAUAUAAUUUUGUAUACUGGGAAGACUGAUGAUCCUUCUGAUAAAGGAAAGAAAACUGAAAAUCUCGUUCUUCGGCUAAUGAGGCCAUACGGCCUCAUUAGCCGUUGUUGA